UGGGGCGCCGCCUGGCAGGCAGGAGAGGCGAGCCGGGCGCCGGGAGAGCCGCCGCGCCAGAGCGCACGCCGGCGAAGAGGCAGGCAGGCAGGCCGGCUGCCCGUCCGGCAAGAUGGCGCAAGGCGGCCCUCGCCGCCGCGCAGGCUCCUCCCGUCCUCGCUGCCGCCGCUACUGCUUCUCCUCGAGGCGAAGGUUGAGGCGUUAGGCUCGGCCUGCCCCACGGACGGACGGUCGGAUCCCCGCACCCAUCGUCGGCCCGGCCUGGCUCCGAGGGCGCUCGUAUUUGGGCCCGGCGGCGGGCGCACGUGCGCGGCCGCUGCUUUGUGCAGCUCCGUGGGCUCCUCGCCACGCCUGCUUCGCCCAGGAGAGAAGCGAGGCAGCCGCGCCGGACGGGGCUUCGUCGCCGAGAGAAGGGUUCGGGGGAACCCGCCCGCGGGGAAAAGAAAGAGGACCUCUCCAAUCUUCCCGGAGCCAAUGGCUCCCCGCGGCUGGCCCUUGCCGCCGCUUUGCUCGCUCGCCUGCCUCCUGGUCGCCGCCGCCCUGGCAGCAGACUUGAGCCGCUCCACGGAACUCUCCUUUGCCAUCGAGCCCAGUGACCACAUAGCUGUGCAGGAGCAGCCGCUGGUUCUGUACUGCCAGGUGGAAGGGAUCCAGCCCAUCAGCAUCACGUGGCGCAAGAACGGGGUGCUGGUGGUGGACAAAGAGGACUCCUUCACACUCGCCAACGGCUCGCUGUACUUCUCCCACUUCCAGAAACUGAAGGGCGAUGGGUCCUCGGACGAAGGCGAGUACGACUGCAUGGCUCGGAAUCGCUUUGGGAUGGUGGUGAGCCGCAAAGCCAGGAUUCAAGCAGCAACUAUGUCUGACUUCCACAUCCACCCCCAGAGUGCAGUGGUGGAAGAAGGUGGUGUGGCCAGGUUUCAGUGCCAGAUCCAUGGCUUGCCAGAGCCUGUGAUCAUGUGGCAGAAGAACCAUCUCCCCAUCAAUACAGAAAACGACAGGUACACGCUGUUGCCCAAGGGUGUUUUGCAGAUUACUGGCCUGCGAGCUGAAGACACUGGGAUCUUCCACUGUGUUGCCACCAACAUUGCCAAUGUGAAGUUCAGCAGGGGAGCCAGGCUCACUGUGUCAGGUUCUCAUUCUCCCGUGUACAAGGAUCCCAUGAUUCUCGUGGGACCAGAGAACCUGACCUUAACUGUGCACCAGACUGCCAUCCUGGAAUGCAUUGCAACCGGAAACCCCAGGCCUAUCGUCUCCUGGAGUCGACUUGAUGGCCGACCGAUUGGCGUUGAAGGAAUUCAGGUCCUUGGGACAGGAAACCUGAUGAUCUCUGACCUCACUGUGCAGCAUUCUGGGAUAUAUGUGUGCGCAGCCAAUAAGCCUGGCACGAGGGUGAGGCGGACAGCCCAAGGAAGGUUGGUGGUGCAAGCUCCUGCAGAAUUUGUACAGCACCCGCAGUCUAUUUCCAGGCCCGUGGGGACCACCGCCAUCUUUACCUGCUUGGCACAGGGGGAACCUCCUCCACAGAUAACGUGGCUGAAGAACGGGCAGAUUUUAGAACCUACGGACCACAUUAAGCUAAAGAACAACAACAGCACGCUGACGAUCUACAGCAUCGGCCAGGCGGACGAGGCCAUCUACCAGUGCAUUGCAGAGAACAGUGCUGGCUCCACCCAAGCCAGCGCCAGGCUGACGGUGCUGUGGGCCGAUGGGCUGCCCGGCCCGCCCCAGAAGGUGAGAGCUACGACCGUCUCGGCCACCACCAUCCAAGUGCUGUGGAGUGAGCCGCUGCAGAACACCAAGGAGAUCAUCGGCUACGUCCUACACAUCAGGAGAGCAGCAGACCCUGUGGAGAUGGAGUACCAGGAAGCCGUCAGCAAAAAUACAUUCCAGCAGCUUGUGACUGACUUGGAGCCCUCCAUGAGCUACAGCUUCUACAUAAAGGCUUAUACCUCUCGGGGGGCAAGCAAGGCCUCUGACGUCGUGGUGGUGAGCACACUAGGAGAAGUGCCAGCCAUGCCAUCUCUCUUCAUCAAAGUCCUCAACAGCACCACCAUCCAGGCCACGUGGGAGCCCUCCAUCAAACUGGGCCAGCACGAAGGGUUCAAGCUCUACUACCGCAAAGUCCACCUUCCUCACUUUACCGGGCCCAUGUUUUUGGCCAGCAACAUCACAUCCUGCAACAUUACUCAGCUUGACCCAUCAGUAGUCUACGAAGUCAAGCUCCUCGCCUACAACCAGCAUGGUGAUGGGAAUGCCACUGUUCGCUUUGUGUCUCUUCGAGAGACUGUCGAAAGAACAGGGCUGAACCCACCGUGCAACUGCAUGAAGGACGGGCAAACCAAUAAGACGUCGGCCACUGGGAUAAUCAUUGGGAUCCACAUUGGAGUCACCUGCAUCAUCUUCUGUGUCCUCUUCCUCAUGUUUGGCUACCGAGGAAGGCUGCUGGUGUGCAAAGAUGUCCAGGAGCAGCUGUCAACCCCACAGGUCCCAAGAAGCCAGAGGAAUGCUGCAGGUCUUACCUCGAACGGAUCUGCUCAGAGGGACAGGGACAACCCAGAUGCAAACGGGAAGCAACUGGAUUUGAAUGAACUGGAAAGGCUCUUUCCAGCCUCGCCUCCCCCGCCUGAUCAACACAACAAGGAGAUUGUGCUGGACCAUAUUCCUCCUACCUCACAUGACAAAACCCAGACAUCCAUGCUUCCGCCGGAUGACUUCAGCAUCAUCGAAGAGGAGAGCGACACCCUCUUCCAGCCCCCGCACUCGGGGGCCCCCGGCAGGCCCCUCCUCAACGCCAGCCAAGAUGAGCCAGCUUUGAACCAAGCUCCAACCAAUGAAGGAUAAUUGCCAAGACUUUGAAGACUCUUAACGGGACCUCGCCAGCCACCAUCUCCCCACCCCCCCAACCCUACCCCUGGCGAUGUCUUUAAACCGACUCAUCAAUCUCAGGUCAAUUUUAAGAUUUCUGCGAUAUGUUUCUUAAUUUUUUUAUUACAUAUAUAUAUAUAAAUAUAUAUAUAUAUCUAUAUCGGUAGGCAGCCUUGCGGAAGCUCCAUGAAGUUUUUUCUUCCUGACUUGUCUCAGGCCUCCUAGUACAUUCCUUUCCAGCUGUUCGCUCUACAGCUACUGCGUUUGUGGCUUCUCAAGGCGCCUUCCUUGGCCAACUCCAUAAGACACCGAGAUGGGAACCUCUUAUCGUCUUGGUUCACCAACGUUCAGUCCCUCGUUGGCAGCUUUAGGAUGACUCUCCUCCCACAGAUCUGCCAUUGUGAAAUGUGUUGAGAGAGCAGAUUGGAACGGGACCCUCCUCUCUAACCUAGCUCCGGGAGAGGAAGAAAAAAAACGUUCAGGUGCUAAGUUGGUUGGCCAAACUUCUGGGUGCAUUUGACGACAUUUUUUGUCGCAUGUGUUUCAAGUCUCUCUGUCUCUAAUUCUCAGGAUGUUUUGUUGCCGACAAACUAUUUUAAAGGCAAAGCGAGUGUGUCAAAAAGAAAAAGAAAAA